AUGUCCUAUUUUCCUUACCAUUUUCACCUCAGCCUUUUGUUUUUGGCCUUGUAUGUGACGAACCAUUCUUUGGCGAAGCAAGCAAACAGCGCCCAAGUAACUACAGUCCCCACAAAACAGUGCACCAACGUCUACAACAGUUUCUACGCUGGUCCAAACAAGAAGAUUGAGAAUAUCCUACAGCAAAUGAAGAAGCAACUUGGCGAACUUCAAGAAGAUAUGAAAAUUUUGAAAAAUAACAAAACUUCUUCCAAAGGUCCACGGAAAUAUAUUUCUAAAUUCCAAUUAACCAAUGGGCAAACAUUCAGUAAAUAACUCAAUUGCAAUAUUAAUUAUUUAACGAAUACUUCCUCUUUUUUGCUCAACAGCCAAGAAAAACUGUGCUGAGUUGUACAAAUCGGGCGAGAAAAUCAGCGGCGUUUAUACAAUCGAUCCUGAUGGUGCAGGUGUCUUUGAUGUGUUUUGUGACCAAAAAACGGCCGGUGGAGGGUGGACAGUAUUCUAAAAGAGACUGGACGGCUCGGUUGAUUUCUACCGCGGUUGGACUGACUACAAACGAGGUUUUGGUAACCUAAAUGGUGAGUUUUGGCUUGGGUUGGACAAGAUUCACCGCUUGACCAAAACAAAAAGCAAGCUACGAGUUGACCUGGAGGACACUACGGGUAAAACUGCCUACGCUGAAUACGACAUGUUUGCAGUUACGAGCGUGAAGGCUAAUUAUCAGCUUAGCCUGGGAACAUACUCAGGUACAGUAAAUAAAAAUGCACUUGCACGGCUUUACAUGCUUUUCGAACUCCCCUUUAUUACUUCCCUAUCUAGUGUUCAGUUCCUUAUACGACAAAUAUCAAUGAAAGAAUCUAAAACGGUACUUGAUUUUCUUGCUCAUGCACUAUGUACAUGCCGGAUGGUUAAUUUUUCCAUGCUUAACAAAAAGCUCUUUUUUUCUUUUGACCGCUAGAUCCCUCGAGUAAGUCUUUUCUUUUCUUUUUUCUUCUCUUUUUUUUUUUUUGGAAACAGCAGAUUAGCAUGACUUCACUUUUUAGAAAACAAGCUCUAUCAUUUUCCCCCAGGAACUGCAGGUGAUUCUCUUUCUGGUCAUCGUGGUUACCCAUUCUCGACUAAAGACCGAGAUAACGACAGUUCAUCCGGAAAUUGUGCUGUAAGCUAUAAGGGAGCCUGGUGGUAUGAAAGCUGUCAUGCCUCUAACCUGAAUGGCCUCUACCAUCAUGGCAAGCACAAGUCAGGCGCCGAUGGUGUCAACUGGUAUGCAUGGAAAGGAUACCACUACUCCGCAAAGACAGCUGAGAUGAAAAUAAGACCAGUUGACUUUGAAAACAUCUUCUGAUGUCUGUUAGUCCGACAGCUGUAAAUGUUUAUCCAAUACUAAGAGCAUAAAGUACAUGGGAUAAAAUAAAGUCACGUUAAAACUCAGUACAACUCUAUGAUCAGUAUUUUUUCACUUAGUUAGACAUCAAGUUAUCGGCCGAAGGGCAAGUACAAUACGGCAUCAAGGACGACAGGCCACACGGUUAAGCUAUUAUUCAUGACGCUGACUUUUUUCCUGCCGCAAAACUUACAUGUCAUAAAGACACAUCACGGUUGUCCAAAUCCUUUUUAUUUCUCACGUAACAUGUACAAAGUUGCCUUUGUGGGUGGAUGGAGCAUAAAAGCAACGCAGAGUUAUCUUAGGGAUAAGGAACAACAUUAACAACAAAUUAAAAAUGGCAAGGCUUCCAAAAUUUCCAUUACUUCUGAGGUGAUAUGAGCCUCAAAGCCUUUCUGAUAUACACCAACCAAAAGCAACUAAUUGUCUCGGUGUGGAUUGAAGUCUCCUGUUCGUUUUUUUUUUUUUCUUUAUAGUUUUUUUUUUUUUUCUUUUAACUUUGUUGCAGAGAGGCACAGUACAUUUUUUAGUGGACAGCUGAAAUAUUGAAGUGUUUAUCGAUACAUUAAAUAUAGCGAAAAUCUGGAACAGCUGUAUGUAAAUAUCUGAACGCAGCUGUUACCUUGAGUAAAACUGAAACACGUCAGCCCGCGUGUUUGAAGUUUGACCCUUUCCAGAAGCUUGUCAUAAAAUGUGACAUCAUCAACGAAACUUUCAUUAACUAUCAGCAUUAUCAGACAUAAACUCUCCAGAACUUUAUUGCCCCCAGCCCUGGCCCCUAACUGCGGAUCCAAUGUAGUUCAGGAAGUUUGUUCGAUUCCCUCAUAGAGCGGUUUUCACUUGACUUUCGUAAAACCAAAACCAAAGUAAAUACACUAGCCAACCAAAGGACGUAGUAAAACCAAAACCAAUCCCUCUCGACAGUCAACUGAAAACCGCUCUAAUGUAAAAUGCUAUGCUUCACAAAGUAUUUUCACUUAGUACGUUAUUCACCAUGAGGUUAUUAGUGCGUUCACCACCCAACCUGAUUUGUCCACCGCGGAAUCAGUUCCUCGGCCAUUCUUGGAGAUAUAGCCAACUAUGUCUCCUACCGAGGUAAGAGGAGUUGGAUAUAUUUACAUCAACGAAAUUUUGGUUCUGACAAAAUACCGCCAACCCUUCAUGUAAGCUGAGGUGAAAUUUCGCAUUUCAAGAAAUAGAACGAGAGGAUCCUAAAAAAACGAUCUUCACAGCUUUAAAUGAAAAUAUCGAACAAAAGAAGCAAGUCGGUAGUAUAUAUUUUUUGUUACUAAUAUUUCGGAACGCACGGCCUUCCUUCUUCGGGGUCUAACAUACAAUGACUAGGUAAAGCUAAGACGUUACAAUUUGAAAUAAAGGAUAGCGUGCAAAUCAAUACGAUACUAUGAUAACAUGUUAACAUUAAAUAAGAAUAGGAGAACAAAAACUCGUUGAAGCAGUUAUAUGAAAGAAAUUGGAAAUGUAAAAAAGUAUAAAUAAAUGCAAAUCAUUUAAUCCUUCUUAUUCAUACCUAAAGGCUCAAGAGUUUUGCCUCUCUCGAUUGAGAUAUACUUCUGUAGCUUUUCGCACACUGUCUCUAUUAGACUUAAAUGAUGAGUUCUAGCAAGAGCUAUAAUAUAAUGGUCUCAUUAUGGCUCUUGGUUCUAGCGGAAUAAGUGUGAUACGGUUAGUGGAGUGAUCAUAGGUAAGAAAAUGUUCUUAGACUGUGGUGAGUUGAACUUUGGGUCUUUAAUAACCGUUUCAACGUACACCGCAGUCCAGUUGACAACCCAUCAAAUAUCUUCAACCCACCACAGUCUCAGAACAUUUCCUUACUAAUGAUCACUCCGCUAACGACCUCACAAGCACCCAUUCCACUAGAAAUCAUUCAUAAAACAUAUUGGUAAAAAAUAUAUAUGUACAUAUAUAUAUAUUUAGUAUUGACCAAAUCAGUGAAUAGCAACUUUUGCGCUUUCUGAUUGGCACCCGUAACUUGGAAUGAUUAGAAGAACUUAAUUUUAUCCAACUGAUUUGCUGUUUUGGGACUGAUUCAAAAUGGCUUCUUGUUUCGAGACAGAUUGGAAGAAAAAAUUUAGCGGUAAAAUGAAGCAACCGCACCAGCAAAUACCAAGAAAGAGACAAAAUUUGGCUUAACGGUGUUAACUGGUCGGUAGAAAAAAAGUUUCUUACUGAAUUUGUAACAAAAUCACAAAAAAUGAUCCCCCUAAACACUGUCAAUUGAAACGUAAACAAACCCUAACUAAGUCACGUCUUUUAUUUACAAAAAGUUCCUUUUCGAUUUUUAUCCAACUGAUUUGGCAAAUCAGACUAAAACAACUAUCCCCCUCAGGGUCGGUCGCUUCGAGUCGAGGUAUACAGGGUGUUUCAAAAGUUCGUUCCGAUUUUUUCUUCGCUUAAAUUUCACUGAUCAUUAAAACUACCUUUUGUAAAACUAUGGUAUUAAUUAUUCAUUUAACAUCGAAUAACUGCAAUAUAAGCAACCAAAAUGUCUUCCUUUAUGCUACCUGACUUUUUAUAAGUGGUGAGGUAUAGAAUGCAUGUGCUGCCAAAGCUUGUCUGAAGGCUGACUCGUCCCCAGUCGUCUCUCUUGGGAAAGGAGAGAAGCGCUUCUCUCCUUUCUCAAGAGAGACGACUGGGGACGAGUCAGGUCUGAAGGCAUAUUUUUCCAGGCAAAGCGUAGUCACUGUCUUAGCUCGUCCGGUGUUUUUGGGCUGGAUCUUUGUAUGUUGUCUCGUCAAAGAUAAUCCAGAUGGUCUCUAGGGGUUUCACAUCACCUGAGUUUGCCGGCUGGUUGUCUUUAGCCUGUUCCAGGCUCCAAGAUAGUGGGGCCUGCGGAAUUGAGAAAGCGGGAACACGAAAAAAAUACGGGAGGAAACUUUUUCCUUUUUCCCGCCCCGCCCCCAUCUUCGCGCGCCCUAAACUUUCGCGUCUUCCCCACUAUCUGAGAGCCUGGAACAGGCUAGGCCGUCUUUUGCUAUAAUUAAAGUUUCCAAAUCCUUCAGCAUGUGCGCCAACCUCAUUCCCAGGGUUCUAGGCCAGGUAGGAGAGAACCCAGUGAACGAGGUUGCAUGUGCGCCGCCUUUUUCUCUUCAACGCUUUCCAACCUUUGUUAGUCAUAUAUCUUCAUACCGUUGCGCUCGAAACUUUGAAAUUGUGAAGUUGAAUUUUUUUUACCUUUCUGUAUUGUAGAAUUGUUACGCAUAUACUUCCACCUUUUUCGAUAAUAUUUCUUACACAUUUAACCAAAAAAACGGCCAUCCACUCCUUGGUUUGUCUUCUAAAGUCUUUACUUUUGACCACUUGUUCACUUAUAUCGUUCAGGCUUGUUCAACAGUUUAGCAAUUUCUGUGACUGAAUGGCCAGAAGACCGUAAAAAUAGAUGCCUGAGCGUUAGCGCAAACAGUGCAGGCCUUCAUUUUCGUGAAAGAGUACAGAAAAUAAAAGAAAACGGCAAAAAAACGAAAAUAGAAAAUGUAAAAAAUGGGCAGGAAAAGCACAGCGGGUAAAAACUCGCGAUCAUGCACAUUUGGAGCAAAACUUCAAAAAUGUUAUAAUUUCUUCAAAUUUUAGUUUGAGAUUUCUUCGAAAGGUUAUUAAGAUAAAUUUCUUACCUGAAUUAGUUUACAUUUGCCUAAAGAAGCAUUACAUUCUUUUCGCAAAAUACAAUUUACAAUCGGAAAGAGUCGUUUUGAAACACCCUGUGUUUCUACCACUAUUGCAAAAAGAUCCUUCUAUUAUUAUGGUUGCACUCUUUUUAACGAAUUAUCUGAUUGAUAUUCCGUGUUUUACAUCUUUUAAUCUUUUAAUUGAAAAUAGUUUUCUAUUUAUAUUAUUACCUGUAUUAGUGUAAUGUUUAUAUGUUCAGUGUGGCUUUUGUGCGUUGUUGCUCAGGGCUCCCAUUGAUAACAGACAGCUUUUUGCGUCUGAAGGGGCUACCCUGAGCGGUAUAAAUUAAUAAAGGUUCUUCUUCUUCUUCUUCUUCUUCUUCUUCUAUUCACCUCCCCUUCGGGGGAUAGUUGUAUAAUAUCUUCCCGACUAUAAAAUGAGCCUUGCUUCUUUUGUUCGCAUUUCAAGCACUUGCGCGUUUAAUUGUGGCGGUAAAUCUAUAUCGCAAAACCACUUGGACUUAUCGAGGGAAAAAUCAUCAACAGAGCUGAGUCUUCUUUCCGACCAAAUUUUAAUGUCUACACUGACGUGGAUAAUAGAGAAAGAGCGUGUGUGAGAGAGAGAGAUAAAAACAAAGGGGACAAAUUUCGAUGAAAGAAAAACAUCAGAAAGUGAGACUGAAUGCUAGCGGCUACAAAGUGAAAAUGAGCGGCAGUUAAAAAAAUUCAAUUGUAGCGAAGAGAAACAUAUACAGCGUUUCCUCCAAAAUUCGUGUAACUAGGAAGUUUCACGUUUUAGUCGAAACGUAUGCGGUUUUAAGCAUUUUGAUGAGAACUGAUCACUAUUUUCGCGUUAACGAGCAAGUUAGUUUGGCAUUUUUAUUCUAAUCAUGAUCAACAAAUUGUUUGAAAUAGAUUUAAUUCAUGAAAUAAAAUAGCCGAGAGAAAAAACGUUUCGACUUUUUUAACGGUCAAGAUAGCCAUUUUCGAGCUCGGGGGGAAUGUAAAAUCCUGUAAAGUCACAAGCUCAAAAAAUCAGAGCAUCGGUAUUGUAACGUAGCGUUUGAAAUAAGGGUUUGUAUGGGAUUAAAAACGGUUGUCUCUGUAACCUACUAAUUUAAUCGAAUGAAAUAAAAAUCGGCAGACUAGACUUAGUUAAGUUGUGUUUCUUCUUUCACAUGAGGUCCUCGAGUCGAAUUAUCAAUUACAGCCCAUGAGCAAACCGGUCACAAUAAAACUCACGCAGGUUAAUAAUAGAAACAGGCUUGAAAACCAGGGGGAUAGUCCCUAUAAUGGCCUAUACGGGGGGGUAUUUUUUUUAUGGCUUCAGGUCAGUAUGAAAGGGUAGGGAUUUUACUCGUUGAAGUAUAUGAAAGAGUAGCGAAAUCUGUCAUUUGGGUCUGUAAAAGGGCCCGAAAGGGCCAACAGAUUAAUUUUAUAGCUGUGAAAGAGUCUAGUUUGUGAUUAAUCCAUCUUUAAAAGUGCUUAAAUAGGUAUAUGAAAGGGGUACCAAUGGUCAAUAGAAGGCAUGCGAAGGGGAUACCUUUUCUGUGAAAAAUGGUAAAUAAAAGGGUAACAGCUUGGACCUCCCUGCGGAGCCUCCCCGUCAACUUUCUUUUCCCCCGGGGUUGAAGAUCACACAUGAAUUUAGACGUUACACAACGGUGCCGACGGACAUAUUUCGAGCUUGGGCUACCAUGCGCAUCUUCUUCUUACAUUUUCAAAAGAUCUUGAUAUUUUACAGUUCACUAGCGGUCCGACGGACAGUUUAACUUUUGUGGGUGGGAGAGGUGUAGAUUAUUUUGAAAAACAAAAUCCUGUAAACAGAUAGAAGGAAAAAAAUCCUGCCACGAAUUAAUAGUCCUAAAUUUACAUCAAAAAACUUAGGAACUAGGCUUAAACCUCAUUUACACGCGCUCAAAAAAUCGGCAACGGCACGCCAAAUUUUUGGCACCGUGCCUCGUUUAACCGUGCCGAGACAACUUCCGCGAGGUAGUCUCGGCACCCCUAAAAUUUUGAGCACUGGUGCCACAUUACAUUUGGGACCGGUACGUUUACUCGCCGAAAAUUGGAAGUGCCGUGCCUUAAAAUCGUCAGCACGGUGCCAAAAAUUUGCUGUGCUGUGCCGAUUUUUUCAACGCGUGUAAAUGAGGUUUUUUGAAAACAAUUCGAGAUCACCAAUACUAAAUCCCCCAGCGCCAGCCCCCCUACCCCACCCCCUCCUAAAAAGUAAAUAAAGACGCUAAAGUUUUACAUAGAAACAAUGGAAUUAAUACUAAAAUGAACAAUGAUUUAAGUGUUGAUGCAUGCACUAAAACAAAACGAAAUGCUAAUGCACGGUUCUAAAACAUUCACUCUCCUUGAACACUUGAAGCACAAGGACAGCAACAACCUUGUAGACUUAUUUGGGUGUUUGAAUGGUAUUCAUCAAAUAUUGACAGAACAGAAAUGAGUCAGUUAAAGCGUGCUCUUGUUUAACAUUGACACGUGCAUAUGGUAAAAAAAAACACAAAAGACUACUCAGGACACGAAAAAAUGUCAUGUAAGCUCUAGGCCACACAGACGAUUACGAGACUGAAGCCACAUCACUAGUCAAGAUCACUUCGCGUAAGACGUGUUACACCUGAUCCUUCAUCAACCAACCGUCGACGUGAAAAAAGAAGCCAAACAUCCUAUCUGAGUUGAAAUUUUUGCAAUGUCUUAUUUUCCUUUCCGUUUUCACUUUAGCCUUUUGGUCCUGGCGUUGUUUGUGGCGAGCCAGUCUUUGGCGAAGCAAGCAAAGAGCGCCCAAGUAACUACAGUCCCCACAAAACAGUGCACCAACGUCUACAACAGUUUCUACGCUGGUCCAAACAAGAAGAUUGAGAAUAUCCUACAGCAAAUGAAGAAGCAACUUGGCGAACUUCAAGAAGAUAUGAAAAUUUUGAAAAAUAACAAAACUUCUUCCAAAGGUCAACGAAAUAAUAUUUCUAGAAUUCAAUUAACCAAUGCGUACAUAUUCAGUAAAUAACUCGCAUUAAAUUAUAUUAAUUUAACGAAUACUUCCUCUUUUUUUGCCCAACAGCCAUGGUAAACUGUGCUGAGUUGUACAAAUCGGGCGAGAAAAUCAGCGGCGUUUAUACAAUCGAUCCUGAUGGCACAGGUGCCUUCGAUGUGUUUUGUGACCAAAAAACGGCCGGUGGAGGGUGGACAGUGUUCCAAAAGAGACUGGACGGCUCGGUUGAUUUCUACCGCGGUUGGGCUGACUACAAACGAGGUUUUGGUAACCUAAACGGUGAGUUUUGGCUUGGGUUGGACAAGAUUCACCGCUUGACCAAAACAAAAAGCAAGCUACGAGUUGACCUGGAGGACACUACGGGUAAAACUGCCUACGCUGAAUACGACAUGUUUGCAGUUACGAGCGUGAAGGCUAAUUAUCAGCUUAGCCUGGGAACAUACUCAGGUACAGUAAAUAAAAAUGCACUUGCACGGCUUUACAUGCUUUUCGAACUCCCCUUUAUUACUUCCCUAUCUAGUGUUCAGUUCCUUAUACGACAAAUAUCAAUGAAAGAAUCUAAAACGGUACUUGAUUUUCUUGCUCAUGCACUAUGUACAUGCCGGAUGGUUAAUUUUUCCAUGCUUGACAAAAAGCUCUUUUUUUCUUUUGACCGUUAGAUCCCUCGAGUAAGUCUUUUCUUUUCUUUUUUCUUCUCUUUUUUUUUGGAAACAGCAGAUUAGCAUGACUUCACUUUUUAGAAAACAAGCUCUAUCAUUUUCCCCCAGGAACUGCAGGCGAUUCUCUUUCUGGUCAUCGUGGUUACCCAUUCUCGACUAAAGACCGAGAUAACGAUAGCUGGUCCAGCAACUGUGCUGUAAGCAAUAAGGGAGCCUGGUGGUAUACGUCCUGUCAUGCCUCUAACCUGAAUGGCCUCUACCAUCAUGGCAAGCACAAGUCAUACGCCGAUGGUGUCAACUGGUAUGCAUGGAAAGGACACCACUACUCCGCAAAGACAGCUGAGAUGAAAAUAAGACCAGUUGACUUUUGAAACAUCUAGUCUGCAGUCUCAGUGUUAGUCCGUCAGCUGCAAAUGAGUUAUCCAGCAUGUAGAGCAUAAAGAGCAUGAGAUGAAAGAAAAUAAAAAU